AUGCUGAAACCUGCGGUGGUCAUAGACAGCGGCAGCUGCUUCACCCGGGGGGGCUUUGCGGGGCAGGAGCAGCCCCAGUGCGUGCUGAGGACGGCGCUGGUGCAUCCCUGCAGUGCAGGCACCCCGCGGGAUGCCCAGCAGCGCUCCCCUGCCCCGGAGAGCCCGGCGGGCUCGGCCGCAGCCCCCCGCUCCUGCCCGCUCCAGUACGGCCUGGUCGAGGACUGGGACAGCAUGAGAACCCUGUGGAGGCACCUCCUGUGCUGCUGCCUCAAAGUGCUCCCAGAGGAGCACCCGGUGCUGCUGGCUGAGUCCCCGUCCUGCCCCGCCGGCGACAGGGAGCGGGCGGCCGAGCUGCUGUUCGAGAGCUUCGGGGUGCCCGCCCUGCACGUGGCCAACACCGGGUUCCUGUCGCUCUGUGCCCACGGCAGAGUCACCGGGCUGGCCGUGGAGGCCGGGGCAGCCAUGUCCCACGUCACCCCCGUCUGUGAGGGCCAGACCCUGAGGAAGGGCACCCGCUGCCUGGGGGUGGCCGGGGACCACCUGUCCGGGCACCUGCAGCGGCUGCUGCUGCAGAGCUCCGCGGAGCUCUCGGUGCUGCAGGCCCUGAGCAAGAAGGUGCUGACCCAGCUGAAGGAGCAAUGCUGCUACGUGUCCUUGGACUACGAGGGAGACCUCCUGGAGAAAGGGUCCCAUCAGCCAGCCAGGUUCCAGACCCCUGACGGGCGCUGGAUCACCCUGGGCAAGGAGCGCUUCUGCUGCCCGGAGCCGCUGUUCCGGCCGGAGCUGCUGCACCACAGCUGCCCUGGGCUGCACCGGCUGGCCAGGCAGAGCCUCCAGACGGUGCCCGAGCACCUCAGGAAGCACGUGCUGGGGAACGUCGUGCUCUCAGGUGGCUCCUCCAUGUUUCCUGGCUUUCCUGAGAGGAUGUGCUUGGAGUUGAAUUUCCUUUUCCAAGGCGCGGGCGUGCACAUCGAGGUCCUGGCGAACCCCAAGAGGGGCACGGCAGCCUGGGCCGGGGGCUCCAUGGCAGCCUCGCUCACGUCCUUCCAGCACACCUGGAUGACAAAGGGCGAGUACCAGGAGCACGGGGCUGAGUAUGUGCACACGAGAUUCCAGUAG